AUGACCUUUCGGCCCGAAGAGUAUGCGAAAAAAGGAGAAGUAACUCUUACGCUGGCAUUGACUUGCUUCGUGGUCUUUGUGGAGGACGUGUCUGAGUCAAAGGAAAAGCGGUUGGAAGAAUGGAAGUACUAUCAUAAUCCCAACAGGGCGCCGUUUGAAAGAAUGGAACACGUCAACCGGCCAGUGAUUUACGGCAUCGACUUGGAUGAGUCACCCGAGGAUAAAGCGGCCAAGAAGAUGUCAGCAUCGGCGACGUACAAGCUUACGCUCCGAGAUGAGAGUGAAAACUACUUCUACGCAAUUGAAAUCGACAAAUUACCAUUUCUUCACUCACAGGCCUCCAACACAGGUACGCCACUUCCAGUCCCAUUGGGCGGAAAGCUCGUUCUAAAGUCAGGCACUAAAGUGUACAACGGGGUAGUCUGUCUCACGGCUAGUUCUUGCGAGUACUUGGGCCACGACGAGAAUCUGUCUCUUGCAAAGCAGCUCAAUGCCGGCGUCGUGGAGAAGUACAUCGAUGUAAUGGAGAGGCAGCUCAACACUUAG